AUGGCUAAACUAAUCGACGGCAAAUCUCUCGCCGAGACCAUUCGCGCCAAAGAUCGUGAGACGGUGGCCGAGAUGGCGGCAAACAAUGGUGGCUUUCAACCUCACCUCGUCGUAGUCCAAGUUGGAGCUCGGGAGGACUCGAGUGUUUACGUGAAAAUGAAGGGCCAAGCCGCCGUGAAGACGGGAAUCAAGUUCACGCACCACAACUUGGACGCCACAAUCUCACAGUCGGAGCUGGUGGCGCUCGUCAACUCUCUCAACGAGGAUCACACAGUGCACGGGAUCAUUGUCCAGUUACCUCUUCCAGCUGGGAUUGACGAGAAAGCGGUCAAUGAGGCUAUGGAUUACCGGAAGGACGUUGACGGAUUUCAUUCCCUUAACAUCGGGUUGCUGGCGAAGCGGGACCACGAGCCAAUGUUCGAGCCUUGCACUCCAAAGGGAUGCAUCGAGUUGCUGAAACAUGCUGGAGUUCAGUUGAGCGGCAAGCGGGCCGUCGUCGUGGGCCGGAGCAACAUUGUGGGGAUGCCGGUUGCACACAUGCUCCAAGCGGAGAACGCUACAGUGACAGUGUGCCAUUCGAGGACUCAGAACCUAGAGGAAAUUGUGGCCACCGCCGACGUUCUCAUUGCGGCGAUUGGAAGUCCCAACAUGAUCAAAGGCUCGUGGCUCAAGCCAGGGGUUGUGGUCAUCGAUGUCGGUACGAAUGCUGUUCCUGACGCUACCAAGAAGGCAGGGAUUCGAUGGGUUGGGGAUGUCGAUUUCGAGUCCGCCUCUAGCGUCGCAUCCGCCAUCACCCCAGUUCCUGGAGGUGUUGGGCCAAUGACGGUCGCCAUGCUCAUCCACAAUACUGUGGUGAGCGCGGCGCGAUUCCUUAAGGGAUAUCAGCGACCGGUAGAAUACCUCAAACUCAAUCUCAAAACCCCGGUUCCCAGCGACAUCGAUAUCGCUAUGGCUCAAACACCCAAGCCCGUGAAAGUGCUUGCUGAGGAGCUGGGAUUGCUCUCUUCCGAGCUUGAGAUGUACGGGCCCGUGAAGGCCAAGGUCUCUCUCAAAUCCUUAGAACGUUUGCAACACCGCCAGGACGGCAACUACGUUGUGAUUACCGGCAUUACGCCAACACCCCUUGGCGAGGGCAAAUCCACCACGUGCAUUGGUCUCGUUCAAGCACUUGGCGCUCACUUGAAGAAAACGGCAUUCGCCUGUGUUCGCCAGCCCUCGCAAGGGCCGACGUUCGGUAUCAAGGGAGGAGCCGCUGGUGGGGGGUAUUCUCAGGUCAUUCCCAUGGACGAGUUCAACCUCCACCUGACGGGAGACAUUCACGCCGUUACGGCGGCGAAUAACCUCCUCGCCGCCGCCAUCGAUGCCCGUAUGUUCCACGAAGCAACCACGCACAACGACGAGACACUUUUCGGUCGUCUGGUGCCUGCAAAGAAGGGCGUCCGGAAAUUCUCGGAUAUCAUGCUAAGGAGGUUGGCCAAGCUUGGCAUCGACAAGACCGACCCCGAUUCCCUCACGCUAGAGGAGAAACGCCGCUUUGCGAGGUUGGACAUUGACCGCGACACUAUUACAUGGCAGCGUGUGAUGGACACGAAUGAUAGGUUUUUGCGAAAGAUUAAUGUGGGGCUGGGGCCACAGGAGAAGGGACACACCAGGGAAACCGGGUUCGACAUUGCGGUCGCGAGUGAGGUCAUGGCCGUCUUGGCUCUGACAACGGACCUGAGAGAUAUGCGGGAACGCCUGGGCCGUAUGGUGGUCGCCUCCAGCACCUCCGGAGAGCCGGUCACGGCUGACGACAUCGGGAUCGGCGGUGCCUUAACCGUCCUCAUGAAGGAUGCCAUCAAGCCCAACCUCAUGCAAACGCUCGAAGGCACUCCGGUAUUUGUGCACGCCGGUCCGUUCGCAAAUAUCGCCCACGGAAACUCCUCCAUCAUCGCUGACAGGAUCGCCCUGAAACUUGCUGGAAGCACCGCGGAAGAUCUGGAGGGAGGAUAUGUGGUGACGGAGGCUGGGUUCGGAGCCGACAUUGGCAUGGAGAAGUUCUUUAACAUCAAGUGCCGUACCUCGGGUCUCAUCCCCAAUGCUGUUGUAUUGGUCGCUACGGUAAAGGCCCUAAAGAUGCACGGUGGAGGCCCAGAGGUCGUUGCCGGAAAGCCUAUUUCGGAUGUCUACUUCCAAGAGAACAUCGAGCUCCUCGAGAAAGGAUGCGCCAAUCUUGCCAAGCACGUACAGAAUGCUUGCAAGUUCGGAGUUCGCGUCAUCGUCGCUGUCAACAAGUUCAGCACAGAUACCGCUGCUGAGCUUGAGACUGUGCGCAAGGCGGCUCUGGCUGCUGGUGCUUUCGACGCGGUCGUCAGCGACCAUUGGGCAUUGGGAGGCGCUGGAGCGAUUGAUCUCGCCAACGCUGUCACAAAAGCAUGUGCGGACUCGAAAAAAGAAGGCGGCAAGUCCUUCAAAUACCUAUACGACCUCGAAAAGCCAAUCGCGGAAAAGAUCGAGAUCAUUACCAAGGAGAUGUACGGGGCUGACGGGAUUGAGCUGAGCGAAGCUGCGAAGAAGAAGAUUGAGGUGUAUACGGCGCAAGGGUUCGGCAACUUGCCGAUUUGUAUGGCAAAGACGCAUUUGAGCUUGUCUCAUGAUCCCAAGUUGAAGGGCGUACCCACCGGGUUUACAGUACCGAUCCGUGACAUUCGCGCGUCUGUGGGCGCAGGGUUCCUUUACCCUCUUCUCGGAGAGAUGCAAACUAUGCCAGGGCUUCCUACGCGGCCGUGUUUCUACGAUGUGGACAUCGAUCCCGAGACCGGGAGAGUCUUCGGACUGUUCUAG